AAUGUGAUGAGAAGUUGAUGCAAAAUGUGAUAAGAAGUUGAUGCAGUGAACUCCAAGCCGCGAAUCUUGGAAGAGCAAAGCACAUAUCUACAAUGGUGGUGGUGGAUUUGGUAGAGUUCUCGGAGGAAAGCUUCGACCCCAAGCGAUGGAUCAAUGCUGCGCUUGAUUCACGGCACCCUCAGGAUCCCAUCGAUCACUUUCUUUCAGAUUUGGAGGAGAGCCUCCGUUCGUCUUCGGAGAAGAUCGCCGAUUCGCUCGAGCGAGAAGGAGUUGAUGCUCUACGCCGCGUCCCCUACGCCUGCCGCGAGGCCAUCCACCUCCGUGACGAUGCUCAGGCCCUCCGAUCCGUCGUCUCCUCUAUCCUUCUUAAGCUCAAGAAGGCAGACAGUAUAUCAGCCGAGUCUGUGGCUGCUCUUGCAAAAAUUGAUAUGGUAAAGCAACGUAUGGAAGCAACUUAUGAAACAUUGCAGGAUGCUGCAGGCCUGAAGCAGUUGAGUGCAAGUGUUGAAGAUGUCUUUGCUAGUGGAGAUCUUCCACGGGCUGCAGAAACUUUGGCUAAUAUGAGACAUUGUUUGUCUGCUGUUGGCGAGGUUGCGGAGUUUGCCAAUGUAAGAAAGCAAUUGGAAGUCUUGGAAGACCGGCUGGAGGAAAUGGUUCAGCCUCGCUUAUCAGAUGCUUUCACACAUCGUAAGGUUGAAGCUGUACAAGAUUUAAGACAAAUUCUUGUUCGAAUUGGAAGAUACAAGUCAUUAGAGCUAUAUUACACUAAAAUGCAUGUAAAACCCUUAAAAAAGCUUUGGGAAGACUUUGAACACAGGCAAUCUACCAACAAGCCUGGUAUUGAGAAGCAUGAUGAAAGGCGCUUAAGCAUUGCAGAGUCUGCAACAAAUUCAUCCUCUAUUUCUUUCAGCAACUGGCUUCCUAGUUUUUAUGAUGAGCUCUUGCUUUACCUUGAACAUGAAUGGAAGUGGUGCAUGAAUGCUUUACCUGAGGAUUACAUGUCUCUGGUCCCAAAGCUAUUGGAUGAGACCAUGGCUGAGUUGUGUUCUAGUUUUGUUCAGCGUAUCAACCUUGCAACUGGGGAUGUCGUUCCUGAAACCAAAGCAUUAAUUAAAGGUGUAAUGGAUAUCCUAUCCGGCGACAUACCAAAUUACACUAAAAUUCUGAACAAACAUCUUGAAGCGUUAAUCGAACUUCAUAACAUGACUGGUGCUUUUGCAAGGAACAUCCAACAUUUGUUUACAGAUUCUGAUGUUAAGGUUCUCCUAACCACAUUGAAGUCUGUUUAUUCUCCAUACGAAGUGUACAAAAAAAGGUAUGGCCAAAUGGAGCGGGCUAUCCUAUCCUCAGCAAUUGUAGAAAUAGAUAUCCGUGGAGCCGUUGCCCGCGGUGUAGGUGCUCAAGGCAUUGAACUUAGUGAAACAGUUCGAAGAAUGGAAGAAUCAAUCCCUCAAGUCAUUGUACUUCUUGAAGCAGCUGUAGAGAGGUGCAUAAGCUUUACAGGUGGUUCUGAAGUGGAUGAGCUUCUUGGUAUCCUUGAUGAGAUGAUGCUACAAUAUCUCUCAAACCUGCAAGAAACCUUAAAAUCCCUAAGGUCAGUAUGUGGAGUGGACAGUGUUGUACAAAGUGAUACUUCAAAGAGGGAUACAGGAAUUGACAAAAAGGAAGGAGCGCGCAGCAUGAAUGUUGUAUCUGAGGAAGAGGAGUGGUCCAUUGUUCAGGGUGCACUGCAGAUCCUUACUGUUGCAGAUUGCUUAACAAGCAGAGCAUCAGUUUUUGAAGCUUCUUUACGAGCUACACUAGCAAGAAUUGGCACAAGCCUAUCCCUUUCUAUUUUUGGUUUAAACAUUGAUCUAUCUCAUUCAGCAAGCGGCAAUGCAAAUGUUGAAUUGUCUGUUGCAGGUAGAGCUGCACUGGAUGUUUCUUCUUUGCGCCUCAGCGACAUGCCUGAGAAGGCUAGAAAGCUUCUUAAUGUCCUUGAACAGUCAAAAGAUCCGCGCUUCCAUGCACUUCCUCUCACGUCACAAAGAGUGGCAGCAUUUGCGGACACAGUGAAUGAACUUGUGUAUGAUGUCCUCAUAUCGAAAGUCAGGCAGCGAUUAAAUGAUGUAUCUCGGCUGCCAUUAUGGUCAUCUGUGGAAGAGCCAAGUGCCCAUCCACUCCCGAGCUUUAGUUCCUAUCCCCAGGCUUACGUGACUAGUGUUGGGGAGUAUCUCCUUACUUUGCCCCAACAGCUGGAACCUCUUGCUGAGGGAUUCUCCAACAAUGAAUCUAGCAAUGAAGAGGUCCAGUUUUUUGCAACAGAGUGGAUGUUUAAGGUUGCAGAGGGUGCUACUGCACUCUUCAUGGAGCAGCUGCGAGGAAUCCAUUACCUCACAGAACGUGGGGCGCAGCAGUUGUCUGCUGACAUAGAGUACCUCAGCAAUGUGUUAUCUGCACUCUCAAUGCCCAUUCCACCAUUUCUUUCAACGUUUCACACUUUUGUCUCAACUUCCAGAGAUGACGUCCGAAAUCUACUUAAAGCUGAUGGUUCGAAUCAACUUGACCUCCCCACGGCGCACCUCGUAUGCAAAAUAAGGCGCAUUUCACUCGAUUAGUAAUUUUUUUUGUCUUUAACCUUCAUUCAAAUUAGCUCAGAGAUACACACAGAGAGAGAGAGAGAGAGAGAGAGAGAGAGAGAGAGAGAGAGAGAGAGAGAGAGAGAGAAGGCUCAUCAAUUAUGCUCUUAUCUUGAUGAUUUGCCUUUGGUUUAAAAAUGUUGAAUUAGCACACAGAAUAUGGUCACCUUUUUAUCUUCUUUUUUUUUUUUUUUUUUUAAUUUCUUAGGGAAAAUAUUCCUGCAAAAGAGAACAUUCAAUCUAGACUGUU